GCGCGGCAGAGCGGCAGCUGAGCGUCGUGGAGUCGCGCCCUCGGCGGGCUGUGAGAAAUGACGUGAACGGGUGAUUCCCCGUUUUGGACCUCGUUUUAAUGGAAAGGCGUGAAGUUAAAAACACAAUAAUGCGUCCACAUGGAUAGUUUCCAGAGCCGGGAUCAUCACACGCCCUGGUCGGAGGACGCCAUGGCCAACGUGAAGGUGGCCGUCCGGGUCCGACCGCUCACUGCAAAAGAGACUCUGGACGGAGGUCGGCUGGCUGUGCAAGUGGAGGAUAAACACAUCAGGGUUCGGAAUGGGAAGCUGGACGGCCGGUCCGAGGGCGCGGUCGACUCCCGGGAGAAGCUGCUGGAGUUCGGCUUCGACUACUGCUACUGGUCGGUGGACGCAGAGGACCCCCAGUACGCAUCGCAGGAGGAGGUGUUCCAGGACCUGGGUGUGUCUGUGCUGGCGGGGGCCUCGGAGGGCUACAACGUGUGUCUCUUUGCUUACGGUCAGACGGGCUCCGGGAAGACCUACACCAUGAUGGGCUCCCAGGACUCCAUUGGCCUGACCCCCCGGAUCUGUGAGGGCCUCUUCAGGUCGGUGGACGGCUGCCCGGACGGACAGGCCUCCAGCAGGGUGGAGAUCAGCUUCCUGGAGAUCUACAACGAGCGCGUGCGGGACCUUCUGAAGCUGGGGGGGCAGAAGAAGAGGGAGACCCUGAGGGUCCGAGAGCACCCAGAGAAGGGCCCCUACGUCCAGGACCUCUCUCAACACGUGGUCACUGACUACAAGCAAGCGUUGGACCUGCUGGAGGAGGGCGUGGCCAACCGCAUCACCGCGGCAACGCACAACCACGAGGCCAGCAGCAGAUCGCACGCCAUCUUCACCAUCCAGUACACCCAGGCUAUUCUGGAGAACAAUCUUCCCUCGGAGAUCGUCAGCAAGAUUAACCUGGUGGACCUGGCUGGGAGCGAGCGGGCCGACCCACACUACUGCAGGGACAGACUGACGGAGGGCUCCAGCAUCAACAAGUCUCUGGUCACCCUGGGCAUCGUCAUCUCGGCUCUCGCCCAGAACUCCCAGAUGUCCAACAGCUGCCAGAGUAUCAACAGCAUGGCCAGCGAGGGGGAGGGCAGCCUGGGGGGAAGCCUCAACCUCUCCAGCUCUGGGAGGGGGGGAGGAGGAGGACGAAGACACUGCUUCAUCCCCUACCGAGACUCGGUCCUCACUUGGCUUCUGAAAGACAGUCUGGGAGGGAACUCCAAGACCAUCAUGAUCGCCACCGUAUCGCCGUCGGGAAGCAGCUACAACGAGACGCUUAGCACGCUACGCUACGCAGCGCACGCCAAGAACAUCGUCAACAAACCGCGAGUUAACGAGGACGCCAGUGUCAGGCUGAUCAGAGAGCUGCGGCAGGAGGUGGACCGUCUGAAGAGCAUGCUGCUCAGCUUCCAGAUGCAGCGUAACCUCAGCCCCUCUCUGAGCGAGGAGCGGGACGGGAACCUAUCGGACAUGCUGCUCCAGAACGAGCUCAAGGUGGAGCAGCUGACGGAGGACUGGUCCGAGGGGUGGAGGGAGAAGCAGGUGCUGCUGGAGCAGUACGGCGUUGAUGUCAACCGCCACCAGGCCGGCCUGCUGGUCCACGCCCUGCAGCCGCACCUCGUCAGCCUGGACCGGGACGUCCUGAGCCCCGGGGUGCUGUUCCACCACCUCAGGGAAGGAGUGACGCGCAUCGGACCCCCCAACCGACCGGAAGACGCCCAGAUAGUGUUGGGCGAUGGCAGCUGUGAGAUCGUGAACGAAGGGGGUGUGGUGACGCUCCAACCCAUGGCGUGCUCCGCCUGCCUCGUCAACGACAGGGAGGUCAGCGACCCCUGCCGGUUGGCCCAGGGCGCUGUGAUCACUCUGGGCACCCAUAGGUUCCGCUUCAACCACCCCGCCGAGGCGGCGGUCCUCAGGGAGAGGAGAAGGGCCAUCGGGGAUGACGGCUACAGGGAACUCUGUCCCUUCACAUCGGGUUCAAGCGCGGGAGGAGCGGACCCUCCGGGCGGGCCGGUCACCGCCCUCUCCCCCAGCGGGGGCUCCUCCGCCAGGCAGCGGGUGGAGGAGCAGCAGGGGUACGUGGAGGCCCUGAGGAAGGAGAUCCAGGAGGAGCAGAGGAGGGCGGAGGGGCAGCUGGAGACGGAGCAGGCCCAGCUGACGCAGCAGCACGCCGAAGUCCAGCGGUGGAUCCUCCAGGAGUCGCUGCGCCUGCAGUCCGCCGCCCCCUCCCCCAGGGUGACCCAGGAGUCCGGGGUGCAGGCCGACCCCCUGCCAGCCCCCCUCCUGGAGCGACUCUCCAGCGCCCCCCGGGGGUCCGACGACGGCGGCGGCGUCCCGGACCCCCCCCCGCCGCCCCGGCUGCUCCGGGCGAUCAAGAGGGUGGUGCAGGAGGAGCUGCUGAGGAACCACGCCCUGCGCCGCGCCGAAGGCCGCGUCCGCCGCAAGAGGCUGCACCUCCAGCUAGAGCGGAUCGCCCGCAAGCGCCACCUGCUGGAGGCCAAGCGGGAGCUGCAGAGGCUGGAGCAGGCCCUGCCGCACGGCCCGGGGAGCCCCGGAGACUCCCCGGAGCCGGGCUCCCCCCGGGGGUCUGGGGGACCGCCGUCACGCAACCCUCGCCGCCACUCCUUCUCCGGGGACAUCCUGUCGCGACUCUACCCCCAGCAACCCCCCGUCUUCAGCCGCUACCUUAAGAGGAACAGAUCCACAGAGCUGCCGGUGGAUCCCUCCAGGAGCGGGGAUUGCUUUGGCAGGGAGUGGCUUUCGGACGAGUGUCUGCCUCGAGAGAGGACCAGGAGCUGUUCCGCCGGGGCGUCAUCGGGACAGAGUCAGGCAGCGAGGAGCAGAGACGGUUCCUCUGAAAACCUCAAACAAAGUGUCAGGGAGUCCCCCCCGGCCCGCAGCUACCAGGAACGCCCAGAGAGGAAACCGCUCCUCACAAACCGGAGCCUGACCUUCAAGACCAAUCAGAACCCCCGAGGGAGUCUGAAGUCACCUCAAAGGACUGCCGUACAGCCUAUAAGCAAUGAGAAGGAAAAGGAUCCAUCUGUCGAAAACCCCAAAGUCCAGAAGAUUGCGUGUGCGGACGUCAGGACUCAAGGAGGCAAUAAAGGGCUCGGAACAAUCCGGAAGGUUUUCUCUCGAUCUGUAGGACCGGGUUUGAAGACAGCACUGUCCAAAGUGUUCAGAAAGCCGCCGCCGCCAGUGGGGAAUGGACGAAGGAACCCCAAACCGGUCGGCAGAACGAACAGAAUUCACCAGAGGAAGAUCAGCAGAGACCGGAGCCUGACAGACGCCGGCAUGACGAACAGAAACCAGCACGCUCUUAAAACCACCGUCUCCUGCGAGGAGUUGGACCGAAAGACGUUCCCCGAGGAUGGGACACACCGCCGCUGGCGCAGCAUGGAGGCCCUGAUGAGCAAGACCAGCUCCUGGGUGGAGAGGCUGGGCCUGGCCGGAUGGGCGGAGGACGCAGGGGGGGAACGUGACGGAGGGUCGUCGGACUGCGACAGCCUCCUCUCCGUGGACUCCCUGUCCUCAGCGUACGCCACCGCGCUGGUGGAACAACUGAGACAUGAGGAGGCUCUGGGGAGCGAGAGCGACAGCGUGGACAGCCAGAUGUCCAGAGACUCUUUGGCACCAGAGGGCGGCACCCUGCGCUCUAGGGUGACCAGGGUAGGGGUGCCCUUGCACACACGGCUGACGGACUCCUCCCGUCAUCUCCUUAGGCACAUCAAGAUAUCUAACAUCGGCACUGCUCCGGGACAUGCCUACGGUGAAAGUACUCAGGGAAGAGCAGCAGAGGCCUGUUGGAGACGAAAUGGCUGCCUUGACACGAAAGCCAGAGUGGAAACCGGAUCCGCAAUGGAGGCCGCUGUUCAAAAGCCAAAGGAAGAGCCGGCUGAUAGGCGGACCGCCCUCACUGGCAGCCCUCGCUCUCUGAGCAGCCCUCGCUCUCUGAGCAGCUGCAGCCUGAGGGAACCGGAUCUUCAGCUGGUCCUAACCGACGGCUGGUCUUCCACCGAGGCGGCCGACAGUCCCGGGGUCUCCGGGGAAUGUCCUGCAGCCUGCCGGAAGAAUGCCCUGUACCGAGCAGGGGACGUCAACAGCAACGGUAGCAGCAGCCCGAGACUGAUCAGCCUAGAACGUUCAGACGCUCAGAGCAAGUUGAGGAGCUGUACUUCCACAGAGUCCUGCAGCUCUGAAGGAGUCCAUGUCACCGUGGAGGAUCAGAACCUCAAGGCUCCUGCCCAAUUGUCAGGCAUAUAUUUUCCAGACACUGAAACACCUCCAGAACCAGGGAAUGUUUUAAGGUUAAUAGGGGAUACUGGGCUUGAUGAUGAUGGCAGAAGACUCACACAACACAAUAAGCUAUUCGAAAGUGUGCAGAAGAUAACAGUAGAUGUUCAAACCUAUGCAUGCCAAGAUGGAUUACCCACUGCAGAGAGAAGUGAAUGUCUUUCAUUUGCUAGUAAUGAGAUUUGCCAUAUUAACCUGACAAGCCAGCAGCCAAUCAAAUUCGAUCAUGCUUUAAAGGGCGUGACCCUGAUGGAGACUACCGGUGCGACCAACUCCUCUGAGACGGUUGUCUUCCCCUUCGGUCAUCCAUCAGAGUCCUAUGAACAAACACACCCUGUAGUCCAUGACCUCUCCAAGAAGGGUAACGUACCGGUCAAUCCCCACGAAACUGAGAAGUCAAACAAGGUGAAGCCAUACGAGAACCCCGAUACCAAAGACGUCUCCAUCCCAGGGGACCAAUCACAGCUCGCGCCGGAACCCCCCCGCUCUGAACUUGAGCCUGUUAGAUCUCUUAGUAAAAGCUCCAGAAAGAGGAACAAGGAGCUCAAAGGGACGGUGGCCGGGGGCUUGAAGAUCCCGAAGAGGAGCGACGAAGGGUCCCCAGAAUCGUUCUGUCACACGCAAAUCGGCAGGCGGGAAGUCGGUCGGUCCGAUGGCUUCAGCGAGAACAGUGACACAGAAGAGAAAUCCCCCGACGGGGAUGAGGACAUUCCCAGCCGCGAUUCGGACCGUGCUAACCUGAAGGCCCGGAUAGAGUCCCAGCCAACAAGCAGGCAGACACGGAACAAGGCUGACUGGAACCAGACUGACCGGAACAAGGCGUUGCCGGAUCAAGGUCCUAAAAGCAACGAUACCCGCUCCUCAUGGAGUAUCUCUGUCGGAGAUUCGGAAGGAAUCAAAGCAGACAGAAAGAAAGAUAAGACGACCGGUUUGGAAAAGCGAUUCGGAACGUCGGUCGGUAUCGUCGACCGGAAAGGUAAACCGGAUGGGAGGAAGCCGGUGCGUCACUGGGACGCCAUCUGCAGCGCCAUCGAUCUCCGCAUCGCCGAGGUGGUGAGAGGACACCUCACAUCGGCCUCUCUGACGGGCCGGGAUAACGCCGGGCAGAGCAGAAGGCACAGCCUGACCGCCCUGCCGCCGCACGGCUCGGCGGAGACCCCCCACUCAGAGGAGACCCCCCACUCAGAGGAGACCCCCUUCGCCCUGCCGCCGCAAGGCCCAGCGGAGACCCCGGUCUCAGAGUGGACCCGGGCCACGGCUCAGCCCCCCCGCGGCGCUGCUGAGUCGACGGGAGGGAGAGGAACGCCGUCGAGAGAUGAAGGAGGGGAUCGGAUGAAAGCGGCGGUCGCCUCUACCGAACGCCGCUCCGUACCACAGGGUGGGGUUCAGCGGGACACGAGGUCGGACACGCAGAACAGAGAAACGGCUUCGGGGAGCGACGACCAGAUACAUCCGCCUGCCGAAGAAACGGCAGCGACGGAGCGUGCUCCAAACGUCACAGAGACAGCGUCAGACAUCCCACUGAAUGGUGAUGGUUCUCUCUCCGAUAAGGCAGAGACAGAUCCUUCCAGCUGUGUGCUCCCGGUCCUCCUCCCGUUCCAGGAUAGGAUUCCCUCCCGACGUGGGCCACGAGCGUCUCUGGAGACGUAUCCGCCAUUCGCUCUGAGUGACGGAGACAGGGUAACACGGGCAGAAACAUGUCAUCCUACUCCUGCCCGUCUCAAUAUUGGCCCCACACAAUCCGUCAGACGACAGGCGUGUCCGGCUACCCCGGUCUUGAAACCCGACACCCCACCACCUCAGUACGUCUUCCCUGACAUGCUGUGUCUCGGUGAACAUUCAGCCUCAGCUCUUACGGAUGAAGAUGUUGAUUCAUGCAAACCGAAACCUAAUGCAAACCAAACCUCAGAGUUAGAGACAGGUCAUCCUUCCAAAGAUGGCCCCCAUGUUUCUGUUGCCAUGACAUCGCUCUAUGAUGGAGGAGUGCACCUGUCUGGGCCACGCCGUCAAAGCAGCAGUGGCUCAGUGAAGUCACCUGGAGACAUCCCUGGAUAUUUGGCUAAUGAGAGCAGGGAACUGAAAACGGAGAGAAUGCCUGGAAACUGGCACGUUACCAAAAGUGAUAAGAGCCUUUCAAACAGCUCUGCUCAGACGUGUGUGGUGAAUAUGAAUUAUCACAACAACAAUCAUGAAAUUGCAAAGUGGUUGAACGAGCACUGCAUAAUUGACAACUGUCUGCAAAACAACACGACAGACAUAAUGGGGAGAAAUACAAAUAUUACAGAAUCCCAGGUUCCAUCGACUAUCAGCAACAACGAUCGUCACACCAUCGCUUCUCUGCCACGGAAUCCGGCGGGGAACACGUGUGCUGUUGGAGGAGAUGUUUCAAAGAGCAACGUGUCCAUACAGGGUCCCACCAAGCAGAGGAACCACGCCUCCCAGCACAGGAAGGGGAGGCCUAAGAGAUUGAGAAGGUCCAAUGCCCUGGUUCACCCAGACUCCUCUUCCUCUUCGGAUUCCGCAGUCCGAUCCUCGUCAGACGAGGAAGAUGAGCCCCCAACCAGGGUGCAUCGCAGUCGGCCCGAAUCCACGCAGUUAAAGUCUAGUCAGUCAAGGGUCGCUCAAACAGGAGGCAACCAGAGAGCUACUUCUAGAAUAAGGUCAGACGGUAUUUCCCUAGUGGAGACCCUUUCUACUCAGGAUCCAGGUAUAUACCCGGGACAAGCCAGGGAGCGUUGCCCCAAGGGCCAUCUUUCAGCACCUCAACCAAUGAGAACCCCAAAUAGGGAGAGAACCACGCCCCAUCUCAAAGUGAGCCGAUCCCAUCGCCCCGGAGCACCGCAGGAGUCUCGGAUGCAUUUUGCCUCCAGUGACAUCAACCCCUUCGCUCGCCAGUGGCAGGAAGACUGCUCGCCCCAUCAGUGUUACAAGACCCCGGUGUUUGGCAGCGCAGUCGACCUGUCCUCCAAAUCUCCACUGUUGAACAGCGCUGAGAAGCGCAUGGCGAGAUGCUGUAGCGUCGACAACGGCUUAAACAGGCAGAACUCCCCCUUCCACUCCCACCUGAGCACCUUCGCCAACCACAAGGGUCUCUCCAGCACGCUCAGCAGCGGCGAGGACUGGCGCGGGCGAGGAAGGACCGCACCUCACCGCGUCUCAGACGCGUCGUGUCAGCAGUCGUCUGGUCUCGACCACGGCCUCGCCAGCCUCUCGUUGAACAGCGGCUCCUCCUGUCCGAGCGCCAACAGCUCCGGACGCGUGGACGACAUCAUGCUGCUCUACUCUUCGGAGCGAGAGUCUGGUGUCGACGUGAGCCCAGCUCAAAGACCCAGGAGGUUUGAGGACCACGGCACCCAGACCGAGGGUGGUGUGACCAAGGCCCUCGGGGGCUCUCGAGGGUCCCGGACUACGACCGCCCGGGUUCCCGAACUCGGCAGGAACCAGCGGCACCAGAGGAGCAGAACCCACGUACCGACCACUAGAACCAAAGAGGACAUUAGAGAUACUCCCACCUGGGCCAGCAUGGAGAACAUGUCCGCCCAUCUCUCCCAGCUGAUCCACAGCACCUCGGACCUGCUGGGAGAUGUCCAGGGAAUGAGGACAGGGGAACCCAGUCCAAGGAGAAAGGUCAACGUUUCGGAUUUCACCGGGCCACAGCGUCAGCUUAAAGACCCCAUCCGGACCAAUACGUCCUUUGAUAUCGGGAUCCAGACUGAAGCAACCUUCACGUCUUUUGUUAAAGACAUCCCCCAGCGAUGGUCUUCACCUCCAGAGAGGGCCAGACCCCAUGAGGUCAACGUGAUAGUCACAGUGAUCGGUUCUGAUGUACUUAGUGUUUCCCAUGGGGAGAGAUGUCCCGGUGUGGUCAUGGAAAAAGCCAGAUCGGAGGACAGGAAAUGGAGUGGGUCUGACCUGAAGAUAGACACGUUGGCUGCAAAAGAAAGCGUGGAGAAUCAUCUUCUGAAUCAGGCCUCACACAGCUUGACCGCUGUGGAGAAACCGACCAAAACCAAAAGUUGUCACACAGCGUCCGCUCGGUCAAGCAACUCGAAGCAAAGCACGGCAGUUACCAAAAGUCGAGGAUUCUCUCAAACCGGCCACAGGUUAUCAAACCCCACUCCGUCUGUGAAUCCCGGGCGGUCUUCGUGCUGCGUGGGACAGACAAGGUACACGGACAGGGCCUCGUCGCCCAUUGUCACCCUGGGCUCCAGCAAGAGCACCGAGUCAAACGGGAAACACUCUACACCCUCCCCCGGAAAACACAAUGGAAGCAUGUUCGUUUGGGACCGAGAUGCAAUGGACCGAUUAUUCGGCGAUGUUUCCUCAAAUAAAUCAGUCGAAUCAACAUCAGUGGAAAGCGUGAGUGGAACGAACUCGAAGGGAGCGGGGAUCACUUCAACAGGCCUUCAGUCCCACGUUGAUAGAAACGUUAAAAGGAAAAUCAUCCCAGAGGAAGAGAACAACAACGACCCCAUCAGCUCCAACGGCGGCUCUGCGAAAAGCCCCCCCCCGCAUCGAACUUCUACUUCCUGUGGCGGCAUCACGAGACGGAGCUAUCCCUUUCCUGGAGGUCGUCUCGGCGACGCAUGCGGUCAGGAGGACACGGAUCUCCGUGACGACAGGAGUACCCGGGACGACUCCGUCGGCCGCGGUCGCCACGGGAACGCCGCCUCCUCCUCGUCCAGCGAGGCUCCGACCCCGGAGGACGACGCCGUUUCCACGGCGCCCAGCGAGUCCAACACCGACAUCCUCCUCAAUGCGAGACCCGUCGCCAGCGUGUCCCCGCCUCCUCCUCCUGCAGCCCCCACCGGCCCCCCCCACCUUGGGGGUCGGCUCCCAGAGGACCUGCCCAUGCACAACAAGUUCAGCCACUGGUCGGGCGUCGGCGUCGGCCCCACGUCCGCCUGUCACCCGGACAGACGGACCACUCCCCUGACGGACGCCCAGCAGCAGGGGGGCGUGGCCACCGGCCGCCGGGAGGAGUGGGAGGAGCCGGCGGAGGCGGGGCCGAGGGGGGGGGCGGCGAGGGAGGUGGAGAGGCUGCGGCGUGAGAGGGAGCGCGUCAUGGCCUGGGUGCGGGCGGAGGCCGGCCCCCCCCAGCUGACGGUGGAGCUGGCGGAGGCCAGGCUGCACCACGGCCUCGGGGAGACCGACGCCCUGCUGAGGCUGCUGUCGCCUGCGGCCUGGGAGGAGGCGGAGCCAGCGGGGGCCACGCCCACCGGGCAGCAGCGCUACCACAGACACCGACGCAGCGUGGACGGGCUGAGGCAGGAGAGAGAGGCCAGGCUCCAGGAGAGAGAGGCCAGGCUCCAGAGCUACCGGAGGGCCCACAGCCUGAGUCCCAGCAGGGAUGGCUCCCAGGGGGGCGGGGCCUGCUCACAGGGGGGCGGAGCCUGCUCCCAGGGGGGCGUGACCUGCUCUCAGGGGGGCGGGCCUAUUACUCAUCAAGCACAGCCACUCUGCCCGGAGGUGUCAGACAGCACCAGAGCCCAGGUGCCUCUGCCAGGUGAGGGCCGCUACUCCUCGGAGAUCCAGCACCUCCUCCGGGACUACGGCCGAGCCCGGGAGGAGGCGCGCGGCGAGCUCUCGCGGGCCCGGCUGCGGCUUCGCCAGCGCACGGAGCUGGAGAGGAGGCGGCCCCGGCUCCAGGGCGCGGCCGCCGGCACCGAGGUGCGCCUGACGGCCGCCGGCACCGAGGACGAGGCCCGGUUGUGUCCCGGGACCAGCAGCAGUACCCUGUGCACCGGCUCCAGCCUCAGCCUGUCCUCGGGGCAAACCUCAGGCUACGUCAGCGGACACACGACCCUGCUGCAGGACCCCACCAGACUGCACCCCCCCCCACAGGAGCCAGGGGUCCAUGACGAGGGGUCGAAGGUCAGGGGUCAUCCUCCUCUGUGUGUCUCUCAGGGUUCACGGGGCCAACGAUGCUGGCUGUCUACUCAGGAAUCUCCGGGGUCCGGGUUCAAACCCCUCCUCACCUCCUCGCCCUCCACCGCCGGCCAACCCCGCCAGCGAUCCAGCUCCUUCGGCUCCGCCUCCUCCAUCUCAGCAGCCUAUCAGGACGUGGCGUCCGGUCUGCUGAGCCACGCCCUCCAGGAGAUCCGAUUGGCUGCUGCAGCGGACACGGCCAAUCUGCUCGUGGGGAAGGCGUCGGCUGGCUGGAGGCACCAGGGGGAAGAGCGAGGGGUCCAGGCCUACUACCGGCCCUCCUCCAGCCCAACGGUCCACGGGUUCCUGGGGGCGGGAGAGCUGGACAGGCCCCUAGCCGACCUCUGGGACCUGCUCCGGCAGCCCGCCCACAGCCACCUCUAUAACCCCGCGGUGCGCUCCGCCUGGACGCGGCCACUAGAUGGCAGCACACAGCUGGUUUAUCUGCUCACAAAUGCGUCGGUCUGCCAUCUCAGCCAGCCCAGAGACUUCUGCUGCAUCAGCGUCACGUCCAAACAGGUGGGUGUUCAUGUGCUGGCUCUGCAGUCGGUGUUGGAGGAGUCCCUCCCCCGGCCCAGCGCAGACGCCGUGCGCGGCGAGAUGAUGCCCAGCGCCUGGCUCCUUGAGCCAAUCACACGCGGCGGGCGUGAGGUCGUCAGGGUGGUGUACCUGCUCCAGGUUGACCUGGGGUCUCCGUCCCUCCCUCCCAGACUGCUAGGCUCCGUGGCCCGCAGACACGCGGCCGUCAUCGCUGAGCUGGGCUCCCUCCUCCGGGCCGACCCAACGGACCAAUGAGGGCACGAGUGGCACUGAGCCCUCCUCCGGGCCGACCCAACGGACCAAUGAGGGCGCGAGUGGCACUGAGCCCUCCUCCGGGCCGACCCAACGGACCAAUGAGGGCGCGAGUGGCACUGAGCCCUCCUCCGGGCCGACCCAACGGACCAAUGAGAGCGCGAGUUGCAGUGAGCCCUCCUCCGGGCUAACCCGCCGUCCAAUGAGAGCGCGAGUUGCAGUGAGCCCUCCUCCGGGCUAACCCGCCGUCCAAUGAGAGCGCGAGCUGCAGUGAGCCCUCCUCCGGGCUAACCCGCCGUCCAAUGAGAGCACGAGUUGCAGUGAGCUCUCCUCCGGGCUAACCCGCCGUCCAAUGAGAGCGCGAGUUGCAGUGAGCCCUCCUCCGGGCUAACCCGCCGUCCAAUGAGAGCACGAGUUGCAGUGAGCUCUCCUCCGGGCUAACCCGCCGUCCAAUGAGAGCGCGAGUUGCAGUGAGCCCUCCUCCGGGCUAACCCGCCGUCCAAUGAGAGCGCGAGUUGCAGUGAGCCCUCCUCCGGGCCGACCCAACUGACCAAUGAGAGCGCGAGUUGCAGUGACAUUUGACCCCAGACCCGUCCUUUGCUUAUCUUUCUAAUUUGCACCAAGACCUUAUUGCCUUGACCUUAUUUUCAUGAUUAGUAUUAUUGAGCAUUACUUUUAUCCAGAGCAAUGAUCUAUUGUUCAUUACUGAUACCCAUGCAGCUUUCUUUUGUACAAUGGUAUUCUUUCGACGCAAUCUUCACUCAUGAUGUUUUUUUUUGGUUGCGCUUGCGACAAUGUAUUAUUUUGAACGCUUGUUACAAUCAAUGACACAACCACGCCAAAGACUGUCGUGGUUUUCGACCCACUGUAUGACGACUUAGGUUAAGGUUUCCAGCGGGUUUAGCCACUCCGCGUAGCUAAUGUUGCACUAACUAUUAGACUACUCUAGGGAAAGACUGUCUAGACGGCAUGUUAAACGUGUAAAUGCCUCACCUAUCACCAACGAAGCCUGGAGAGAAGCAGGUGGGAUUGCGGAGCUCAACGGCUAGCGUUUGCUAGCAAAUUCACCCUUUCUGUCUUGUGUCUCGCAAAAGAAAUGCAGAACAGCAUGAAAAGCUAUUGACGUGAAGACUGAUGCUCUUAAUGAGUAGCUUUAAUAUAAACAUGUUUCAGCUAAACAUGGUUAUCUGUAGUUUGAGGAGGGAGUAUAACACAGGCGUCAGGAUCUAGCGCAGCCCUAUGCACCGAGGAUAUUGUCUUUUUUUAAAGAAGCAAGAAAAAUAUUUUUAUAUCACAGUAGUAGCCUACCCCCAAAUCUUUGUCUGAGGAGUUAAAGGGAUUAUUUUAUUUGGAAGUUUAUAUUUAUUGAUAUUAUUGUGUAUUGUUUUGUUGUGUUGAGUUAUCAAAAUUUUACUCAUUUCAUUGAUACCACCAAAAAAUAGAUGCCUUUCUAAGCUAUCGGGACGUUGGUCCACAGUUGAUGCUAUGCAGACGCAGUCAGAGCUAGCCCGACGGCUAGCUGGCUGCUAGCUCGACGGCUAGCUGGCGGAUCCGAACCACGUCUGCAUAGUGUCAACGGCCUGAGCUAACGGUAUCCAUUCGGCCAGGCUGAGAGGGCCCAGACACUAAAUCAACAACACACAGUCUGGCUCACGUCAGGCCCUUGUUUGGGGCGGCCGUGAGACGCGUUUCUCUGGGAAUCCACGAAGAAGAAAGAAUAUUUUUUUAAGUUCGGAUCCUCACGGGAAAGAAGGAAGGAAGGAACCCACUUUUUACAUUAAAGUGUAAUUUUAUUAUUUGUCUUUAUUUUUUAUAUGCUUAUAUCAUUGUCAAAAAACCUUGUUAUUUAUGAUUGAGAUUUUGUUGAUCCUAAUCCAUUUUUCUAUCUGUUUUUUUUACUGUCAUCCCUCCAUAUUGUUAUUGCUAUGCAAUUUUAGCAUGUGCUAUUUUUAUAAAUACAAUUGACAUGUUUGA